AUGCCACCGCUGUACCCUUCACCCGGGCCAUUUCCUACACACCGGGCUCUGGCAGCCGUGAGCCAGGAUGAGGUACGAAGGUUCUACUACCAAACGACCAGUGACAGGGCGCUCUAUCAGCGGCCACUCUCUGACGAGAUAAGGGGCGAAAACUACUUGAAUGUCCAUGCCAUUGGCCAGCGGAACACCAAGUACUUGCAGUGGGCACGCAACGUGGCCCCGCUCACGAACCGUCUCUCCUGCCACCACACGGAGCAGUACGUGCCUCUGCCUCUGGGGGACAACAAGAUCAACACAGACCUGGCUGCAUCCUUCAAGGCCGGCUGGCAGAAGAGCAAGGGAGGGAGCAAUGCGAUAAUGGACAGCACCACUGUCUACGAGGACGAAUACGCAGGCUGUGGCACAGAGGCGCUGAAAGGCGCUCGGCAGCCAAACCGGAAGCCGCCUCAGAAGCUGACCAGCACUGUUUGCCCUCCCGGUGAUCUGCUUGAGACGAAGUCACAUGAGCAGCGCCACUUCCAGAAGCCACGUCAGGACAUCCUGAAGGCCGAGCGCGUGCCGCCACCUCGCCCAUGUCUGCAGAUGGGUGGUGCCGCUAUCGACCCGCCGAAAAAGAGCGCCUAUGUGCGAGAGCACAUCCCCUUGCGCAGCAUCUCCAGCCCAGAGAUCCAAGCCACACGGCAAGAGCGUUGUGUGGCGCAAUUGGUGAACCUGGAUGUACUCACUGCAAAUGUGCGGCGUAAUCCAUACAUGAGCCCCGGCCAAUAG